CGAGCCGCCGGCGCCGAUGGACCAUCGGCGCACACGGGAGCAGCCGCACCUCUGCAAUGGCGGGCCGCCGCCGCCGCCGCCGCUGCAGCAGCAGCAGCAACAUCAGCAGCAACUGCAACAGCAGCAGCUGCAACAGCAGCAACAGCUGCAGCAGCUGCAACAGCAACAGCCGCAUCUGGCGCAAAACUCGAUGGGGCAGCACCAACAGCACCAGCAGCACCAGCAGCACCAGCAGCACCAGCAGCACCAACAGCACCAGCAGCACCCGCAGCAGCACCCGCAGCAGCACCCGCAGCAGCCCCCGCAACACCCGCAGCACCCGCAGUGCGGCCGGCAGCGCUCCUGCGGCCCGAGCUGCGGCGGCGGGAGCGACCCGUCUUCGUCGGCCAUGCCCAACGGAGCACCCGCCCGCGGAGGAGUCUCGCGUGGCCCCAGUUUCAUGGGCUGCUCCCCCUCCGCCGGCCCGCCCGCCCCCUCCGCCGCUGCCGCCUGCGUCGCCGCCCCCUCGGCUUGCGGUGGAGGGCCGGCGUGCGCCAACGGGGCGACGGCCGGCUCCGCUGCAGCGCUGCCCGCCUUCCCUGCAGCGCGGCAAGUCUCUUCCGACGACCCGGUCGUGGUUGCGCUCAGCCACGUGGUAAACUCGAGCCUCAAAGAGGCCGAGGAGCGAGCGGCAGCGGCCAUCCACGAGGCCGCCUCGCACCGUGCUCUCCUGCAGAAGCGGCGCUGGGACAUCGCCCACCAGGCACAGAGCCACUCCCCGCUACACACAAACCAGGCGGCCGAGUCGAUGCGUUCGCACUUUGACACGCACGGCACGCUCCUCGCGGACGCCUGAGAGCGGCGAGGCGCAGGGAUGCCCGCCGCCGCCAGUCAGGUCGCUCCCGUCGGCGAGCGCCACAAUGCACAGAGCCCGGUCGAACUGAACCAUGACUGAACUUGCACUGUUGCACAGUCUCACGUUGCCGGGCUCGUGUUUCUCGUCCUCCACCCGCUGCCUGGGGAGGACAGGUCCUCGGUGUCGCAGGAUACGAACUACAUACGCGGGCGCUGCUUGUUUACGUU